CGACACUCCUAAGGACAAUGGAGUUAUGAUGUUUUUUUCGGACGGAAAUAAUAGGAUAGCGCUGUUUCUUUUUAACCUGGCGGCGUUCAUUCCUUUCGCCUCUUAAGCCUCUCGCCAAGGGGCUAGGCAAUGACCGCUAUUUUGGGCGUAGUAUGGUUUAUAACCCGUUUCGGUUGUGACAAUAUAUUUCCACCACAUUAGUCUGCAAGGCAUAAUUUCUCUUGUCUGGAAUUGGGUGUGGUUCAAGAAAAAGAGCUAGAUUUUGUCCACUAACAUUCGAGACUUCUGAAGCCCUUCCGUUAAUAUGUUUACGCAAACAGAAGCAAUUCCUCUAUAGUGGAGUUAACGCAUUCCACACGCGUAAAAAUUUCAAAAAUCUGACUCAUGUUUUUGAAAUCAUAAAUCUUGGUCCACACCAAAACAAUGUGGAAACUAAACCUCUUCCCCCAAGAGGUUCCUUUCAAACCGUCAGAAACUCACAUUCAUGCUAAUUUGGAAUAGCUAAUGUUGUAUUUGACUGUGCGGUCAAACAUUCUUUCGUUAAAAAAGGCAUGCAAAUCAAAAUGGACCCUUUUGCUCCGUUUGUUCGUCAAACCGCUUAAACUGCAACAAGGACUAUUGCAACGUGGCCACAUGCAUGUCUAUAAAUCCUCGUUGUCUCGCUGCUAAUUUGGUAUCUUGGCUCAUUUCUAUUUCAAUUAGCUUAUCAUGAGAAAAGAAAAGCAUUUUGGCGUCCAUGUUAAAGUGCAUUUCACAUGGGCAUGUCAAUCAGGUGACGUCAUAGAGUCCAAGAUGGCGGCGUUCUCAAGAUAACUAAUUUUGUUCGCAAUGCUGUUUGUUUUCCUAAACAAAUUUUCAGUUAAGGGUUUGUUUUCCAAAAUGUUCAGGGGCAAUAAGGUCUCUUGGAAUAUAAUUUCUUCAAACGAUUGUUUUGUGAGCUGGUACCGGAUUUCAAGACAACUAUGCUUGCGAAGGCAUUGCAGGUUUCGAAGUUUCCAAAUUUAAAAAUUGCCAAAUUGCCAAAUUGCCAAACAAGAACAAGGAUUUGAAUAUCAUUUUCUAAUUGUUUUGUGUUUUCAAACCAAUGUAAUCACAAGCGUGUCUAAAGCAUUUUAAGCAUUUUGCACGCAAAUGAAAGGUAUAUGCGAAGACAAUGACACGGACACAAUCUUACAUAUUAUAUCACCGAAUAUAAACCGAUGAAGUUCAUUUUCAUUUUUCAUAAUGCGAUUCUUCAUCUACUUCCUAAGCAACUUUGCCAUGUUUAGGAAACAAUUAAACAAAAUUAUAAUUUUUUGGGGUCGAAAAUAUAAAAAAAAAAACUGUAUAGCAUGUGAAAUAAAUAUCUUGAUAUCUCGCAUAGGAAGUUACAGGGGAGUACAAAUAGAACACGGAUGUUUUGCGUGAAAUGCGUCAAUUGCUAUGUGCGGUUUGCGUUAUUGAUUAUCCUAUUCAGCAAUUUGCACAGUCGGACACAUUUCGCUGCUUUUAAAUUUCAAAUUAAACUCCAAUGAGCUCACCUCGAGUUAAAUGGAGUUAAUGACCACAUCAUAGACAGCUGAAUGACCCAUGCAAAUUUGCUACGUUUCUGUAAAAUUAGUGGUUACAGAAAAGCGUAUAAGAUCACAAAUGUGCUGCUAAUAGUGCACUGGAUGCUUGAAAGGCAGUGUAUUUUGCUAUUUUUUACCGUUUUAAUUUCGACGUUUUAAACUGGCGUUGCGUAAAUGAAAAUGACAGGUUCCCCACGGCGAAGAAUAGGCUUAUAAACUCCUUAAUCAUUACGCUAGACUGUCAGACGUGAAUUCUAUUUAUGAUUAUUCGCUGCGUAUCUCAGAUGUUUCUAAUUUGUUAUGAGCAAGUUAACUUUCCGCAACACACGAAUGCUCCCAGGCUGUUUUUUCAUUCUGGUUUUGAAUAUCGUUUUGGGACAGCACAAAAGCUUAGAAUUCUUUGUAAGCUUAUUUCUUCCCGUGGUCCGGGCUGACAAAAAUCUCUUAGCUGCCGACCUUAAUUGUCCCCCACUCAUCCAUUAAGAACAGCAAUUUGCAUAACUAUUCUGCCUGCGGGAAAAAAACAUACAAGAACAUUUUGCUCAAGAGCUUUCACGUAAGCAUCCUCCGUCAUUGUUUGCUGAAGAAAACUUUAUAAACUCCACCUGAUGUAAAACCGGGACAAGCUUAAAUGUAGCUGGAAUUGAAUCGUGCUUAAAUGUAGCUGGAAUUGAAUUUCAAAGAUUCUUGGCCCUCUUGGAUGGCGACAAAGCUAUGUUUAAUAACCAGAUUUUCAUCGUUUGUUCAGGCUCAAUCAGGUAAGAUUCCAUGGUGUGGGCGCUCAAUCAAGUAGAUCGUACACAGCACGUCAAAGCUGCCCACGCACCCACAUCAAAUGAGAUGAGCAACAGCCUCUGCAAUGGAUAAUCAAACCGGUGACUUGAAUGCUUCCAUUAGCGCUGUGGACGACGACGACGCCAGUACAAAAAACUCUUUUUACUACAUUCGACUGGUGUGCUAUGUGCUGAUAUUCAUAGUGGGAGUUAUAGGAAACAUCUUGGUUUGUUUGGUGGUUUGUCGCGAACGAAAGAUGAAAAAUGUCACCAAUUAUUUCAUCUUCAAUCUGGCGGUCAGUGACUUAUCGGUCUUGUUGAUUUGCAUUCCGUUCGACUUUGGCGAGAUUGUGACGGGGACCUUUCCUUAUGGUGCUGUCAUGUGCCGACUAAUUUAUCCCUUGCAAACCAUGGCUGCGACCGCAUCUGUUGGUACCUUGGUCGCUAUAAGCCUUAAUAGGUUCAUAGCGGUGGUGUAUCCGCUCCGUCCCCAGCUACAGACUCGUGACGCCAAAAAAGUUAUUGGAGUAAUCUGGGUGUUUGCCCUGGCCUUGGUCUCGCCAUACAUCGCUGUUUUGGAGCUUCGCGACAAUUCCUGCCAAGAAUAUUUUCAAGAGAAAGGACUUAAAGCUGGCGCUUACACAAUUUCGAUUUUCCUUCUGCAGUAUGUAGUGCCGUUAUCAAUAAUUGGACUCUCGUACAUAAGAAUUGGCCGAGAUCUCCGGCGGGACAAAGGCUCGUAUUCAAACGAUGCUCUUCAGCGAGAUCAGGAGAAAGAAGCACACAAAGUCAUGAAGAUUCUAACCGUUGUUGUCAUUGUGUUUGCUCUUCUCAUGCUUCCUAAUCACAUUGUAUUUCUGUGGUUUGAUUUUGGCAAUGGAAAUAAGAACCCGCAUGCGCAGAGCAUCUUGGCUCUGUGUCAGAUUUGUGUUUAUGCAAACAGCGCCUCCAAUCCGCUUAUUUACAAUGCUGUUAACGAACAUUUCCGAGAGGGAUUUAAGAACUACUUCCGUUCAUGGAUAGAAUGCGUCCUAAAAAUCAAAGGCAGCAAAAGACGGGAUCAUAUUCAGAUAGCUGUCGACAGGCGGAACGGGACCAAACCCAUCGGCAGCUGUACUAUGUGCAGAACAGGCAGUGAAACCUCCUUAAACGGGACAAUUUGCCCUCAAAGAGACUCUCAAGUCAUUAACAACGACCGGGAUGAUAUCACGCAAGAUGCAGAUCUUGAUACCAAGGUGACAUCACGACACGACAGACCGGACGAAUGUGAAGAGUUUUUAACAACGGGAAUGUAACUAUUUUGUGAAAGGAAAUACUGAAUCACGGCUAGGCGGAGGCACCCCAACUGGAAAAUAGCUGCAGGUCGUAUGGAAGGUGCCUAGAUUCAGGACGACUAACGUGGGGAGUAGAAUUUCCAUUACUGUGGUACCGUGGACAGUUUUGGUCAAUUUGGAGUUAAACGAUGGUUAACUUGCUCUCUUCAAUCAAAACAGCUGCGAUUUUGAGCAUUUUUAAAGCUCGUUAGAGAAAGGGUUUAAUUUACGUACCAAUUCUUUUGAGAAAUUGGUCGAAACGAAAUGUUUUUUACCAUUACCCUUUUAAUUAUUAGAGGAAAACCUACCUAAAUAAGGUUUUAAUGGCCUUUUAUGUCCUCCGAGCUAAUUGCCCGCCAACCCCACCCCCACCAACCCCACCAACGGCUUCAAUCAGUCAAAUUGCUUGUUUGCCAAUGGUCAGUGGCUGAGUCAUGGGAACAGUUGUUAAGGGAGUGUUCUUUCAAAAUAAAUUAUUUAUCAUUCAAACUGAAACUAUAACCUAAAAUGAACACAGUUAUCCUGUUCAUAUUUACAUAACCGGUGAGAAAAUCAGUUUAAUUGAAAUUUACGGUUACGGUAAUAGUAAGAUAAUUUAUAACUAUACACCUAUAAAAUCAAGCCAGGUACAGAUUGUAAACUUAAAAGACUAUUCACACAAAUAAACAAAAAAUUGUCGCUUCA